AUGCUGUUAGCCCUGCAAAGAUAUGAGUUAAGAAUUGUCUACAAGCCUAGAAAAGAGUUGUUCAUUGCUGAUGCCCUAAGCAGAAAUUACCUAGAAGAAAUGAAAGAAACACUGGUGCAAGAACUCGAAGUAAACAAAGUCCACCUUGCAGCCCACUUACCAAUAUCACCUGAAAAGUACCAAGAAUUCCAGAAAGCCAUUGCUGAUGUUGUAAUGCAAGCAGUACAAGAUGCAGUUCUCGAGGGAUGGCCAAAGAACAAAGCUAAUGCACAAGCAGGGAUCAAGCCGUAUUGGACAUGUAAAGGUGAAAUUUCCUGUGUUGAUGGCCUCCUUUUCAAGGGAAACAAAUUAAUUGUUCUGAAUUCCCUUUGACCACAGAUGCUAGACAUCAUACAAGAAUCAAAUCAAGGGAUCGUGAAAUGCAAACAACGUGCAAGAGACCUCCUGUACUGGCUGGGAAUUACAAGCCAAAUCGAGGAUAA